AUGGCGACCCUGGCGGAGAAGCUCGAGAAGAUCAAGUCUCCCAAACUGCAGAACCAGCACCAUACCGCCGUGGUUCUCUCUGCAGUGGAAGAUACUCUCCGUGACCAAAAAGCAGACUUUUCUGCCACAGCCUACUUCGCCGCGCUACUCGCCCUGCUAUCUCAGUCGCUAUCCACUACCCAAGGCAUUGUGAACAAGGAUUUGGCAACCUCCGUCGUCUAUCUGCUCGACAUCACCACUGCCUACGUCCCCGAAUCGAUCCUCCGCUCCAAAUUCUCCCAGAUCCUCACCAGUCUUGCGCCGGCUCUUUCCCUGCCUGAAGUUGAAGCCCCGCUGCUCCGACCCUCAAUCGGCUGCCUCGAAUCGCUACUCAUCGCUCAGGAUGCGGCCGCAUGGAACCUCCCACACACCCAGAUCAGUCCACGUCGGGCCAUCGCGGGAUUGCUGAGUCUGGCCGUCGACCACCGCCCGAAGGUGCGCAAGAGGGCCCAGGAUGCUCUGAUUCAGGUCCUCAAGUCGCCUCCCCCGAGCCCGUCGCUCGAUCACCCCGCCGCCGAUAUGUGUGCGGAAACCGGCAUGCGGACAUUGGGCGACAGCAUCACCGCCGCGUCCAAGCAGCGUCGCGGCCGCAACGACCCCCACAGCCGAGAGAACCACGAUCCCUUGGUCAUCCAUUCCUUGCAGCUAGUGAAGACCGUCGCGACCGCAUCGGGCGGAUGGCCCAGCAAGAAGAUCGAGCCGCUCUGCGAGCUGCUGAUGAACGCCUCCCGAUCGACCAACGAGUACAUUACGAUGGGUGCGUUCGAGGUAUUCGAGGUCAUCUUCUCCAGCAUGGCCAAUGAAUUCUCAUCCUCCAAGCUCCCUCGCCUGUUGGACGCCAUUUCCGAGCUGAAGCCCGCGCAGAACGACUCCCAGCUGCUUCCGCCCUGGAUCGCCGUUCUGUCUCGCGGUUACGACGUCUCUGCCCAGAUCAGCCCCGAGGAUACGUUUGAGAAGCUUCCCGACUUGUUCAACAUGAUCGCCAGCUACCUGGCCUCCCCGUCCAGCAACAUCCGCGUGUCGGCGUCCGAGUGUCUGGUCUCGUUCUUGGCCAACUGCAUUCCCAACUCCGUGAUUAUCGAGCCGUCGGUGUACGAUGAGAAGACCCUGGAGAAAUUGGCGAAGGCGGCCACCGACCUGCUCUCGGUCAAGUACCAGGCCGCGUGGGCCGAGGUGUUCAACGUGUGCUCGGCGAUGUUCGACAGCUUCAAGUGGCGCUCGAGCCCGUUCCUGGACAGUAUCGUGAAGACGGUGGGCGAGCUCCGCACCAACGAAUCGUUCCACGGCAAGAAGGAGGCGGAUCAGGUUCUCGGCAGCGCCGUUGAAGCCAUGGGCCCCGAAGCCGUCCUGGAGAUCCUGCCCUUGAACAUCAUCGAACAGAGGGCUGGCCAACCAGGCCGUGUCUGGUUCCUUCCUGUUCUCCGCGACCAUGUCACCAACACGAACCUCGCCCACUUCCGCACCGAGCUGGUUCCUCUGAGUGAGACGCUCUACCAGAAGAUGAUGGACUUCAGCUCCGCCGAGAAGGCGGUCGAGACCAAGAUCUUCGAGACGCUGGUCCAGCAGACCUGGGCGGUCCUCCCCGGCUACUGCGAGCUUCCCCUGGAUCUGGUGGAGUCUUUCGAUCAAGGCUUUGCCGAGCUUCUUUCCAACGUUCUCUACAAGCAGACCGACCUGCGGGUGGAUAUCUGCCGAGCGCUCCAGAACUUGGUCGAGUCCAACCAGGCCAUCUUGUCCGUUGAGACGGAGGGCGAUGAUUUGAUUCUUCAGCGACGAAUCACGAAGGAGGCCGCUGCGAAGAACAUUGCUCAUCUGGCUGGGUUCGCUAGCAACCUGCUGGCCGUGCUGUUCAACGUGUACAGCCAGACCCUCCCGCACUACAGAGGGUACAUCCUUCAGUGCAUCAAUGCCUAUCUGAGCAUUACUCCCGAGAAGGAGCUGAACGAGACGUUUGCCCGUGUCACCACCAUGCUCGAAUCGUCGGUUGCCUCGGAGCAGGAAGCCUCUAAGCAGGGCAACCAGCAGGGCGGUUCCGGCGACAAGAUGCCACCCACCUCCCACACUCUGAUCGACCUGGUCAUCGCCAUGUCGAUUUACUUGCCUCGCGAGAGCUUCGCCAGCCUGUUUGCCCUUGCCUCGGCCGUCCUGAACGGCUACACCGGUGACCAGCAGCUGAUCAAGAAGGCCUACAAGCUGAUCCCUCGCUUGGCUUCGACGGAGACUGGAUGCGAUGCCCUUCGCGAGCGCAGUGGGGAGCUGCAGACCUUGAUCCUUUCGACCGCCGACAAGACGCCCGCGUCGGCUCGCCGGGACCGUAUGCUCGCCAUCCACGAGCUCAUCACCUACCUGCCGACCUCCGAUCUGCACUUCAUUCCCUCCGUCCUCUCCGAAGUGGUCUUGGGCUGCAAGGAAAGCAACGAGAAGGCCCGUACCGCCUCCUUCGACCUGCUCAUUCACCUCGCGAAGAGAACCGCCGACUCCGAACGUAACCCCCCCGGCACCAUGAUCCGCAACGGACUGGUCCCCCACAUGCCCGACGACGCCCCAGAUGCCCCCGCCACGAUCGAGGAGUUCUUCACCAUGGUGUCUGCCGGUCUGGCCGGUAGCUCGCCUCACAUGGUCGCGGCGUCGGUCACGGCGCUGUCCCGCCUGUUUUUCGACUUCCACACCGAGAUCCAGCCGGCUAUGUGCAACGACCUCGUGCAGACCGUGGAGCUCUUCCUGACCAGCAACAACCGCGAGAUCGUCCGAUCCGUGCUGGGCUUCGUCAAGGUGGCCGUCGUCGUUCUCUCCGACGAGAGCCUGCGCGCGCGUCUGAACACCCUCGUCCCCAACCUGAUGGUCUGGAGCAAGGAGCACAAGGGCCGUCUCCGCAGCAAGGUUAAGGGCAUCCUGGACCGACUGAUCCGACGCUUCGGCGCUGCCCCCAUCGAGGAGCUGGUCGGCGAAGCCGACCGCAAACUGGUGGUCAACAUCCGGAAACAGCGCGAGCGAUCCAAGAAGAAGAAGAAGGAAGGCGCUCUGGCCGGUGAAGACGACGAGGAAGAGGACGGCGACAACGCCGCCGAGACCAACGCCAACACGGCCGCCAACACCAAGGGCGGCCGCACGUACAGCAACGCCUUCGACAAGGCCGUCUACGACUCCGACUUCUCCGACUCCGACGACGACGCCAGCGAGAUCGACUUCGACGCAGAAGGCGGCGCCCACAAGUCUGGCGGUCGUCGCGGCAGCAGCAACCGGAAAUCCAAGCAGAGCGAGCAGUACAUCCGCGAGAUGUCGCCCGAAGACAACCCGCUCGAUCUGCUGGCGCCCGACGCCCUGGCCAACAUCUCCACCACCAAGCCGAGCGUUCGCUUCCUCAACACGGGCCCGGGAUCCCGCCGCAAGCACUCCGCCAAGGUCGACUCCGACGGCCGUCUCAUCCUGGGUGAUGGCGACGCUGACGCGGACACCAUGGACCUCUCCGGCGAAGGCGGGGAUAGCGGCAUCAACGCCUACGUUGCCGCUGUCAGCGGGCCCGAUGCCGUGCGCCGCGGCCAGCGCGGCAAGGUCAAGAUGGGCCAGACCCAGCAGAAGAAGAAGUUCCAGGGUGGUGCUGAUGAUAUGGAACUGGAUGAGGACGACACCGCCGCGAUCGCCGCCAAGACUUCCGGUCCCCCCGGUCGUCGUGGUCUUGGUAUGCCCAAGGAGCACGGCGCCAGUGGCGGACGCGUUCAGAAGCGCUUCAGUGGUAAUGGACGAGGCGGUGGCCGUGGAGGAGGUGGAUUCCGUGGCGGUGGUGGACGAGGUGGCGGUGAUCGUGGAGGAAGUGGUUUCCGGGGAGGUGGUGGCCGUGGAGGCGGUGGAUUCCGAGGAGGUAGUGGUGGAUUCCGAGGAGGUGGUGGACGAGGAGGUGGUGGACGAGGCGGUGGUGAUCGUGGAGGACGAGGAGGCCCCCGAUUUGGUGGAAGAAGAGGUUAA